UCAGGGCCUGAACCAGCCCCCUGGCCGCCCCUACAUUUUCUGCCAGUGUCCUGCUUUUUCUCUUGCCUUAGUCUAAACCCUUAUCCAUAUCCAAUAUCUUAUGUAUCAGAGGCACAGCCCACUUCACUGGGAACCUCAUUACAUUAUUAGCAGCAGCACUUAUCUCUCUCUUUAGGGAUUUCGCUCUCUGUUAAUGGACUAUAGCCUCUCUGCCCGCACAAUUAUCUCUCCCCAUUUUUUACCAUCCACGGUAAAGUCUCCUUAUUUACCCUCAAUUUUCCCUCCCCCUUUCAACCUCAACUUCGCCUGUCGGAGCCAAACUACUACUAGUACUUCCCUUCGCCGGGAAGUACGACCGCCGCUGGUCGUGGUUGCCAAAGCAGGGUCUAGCCACUGCGAGCCCAGCAGCAGUAGCUUAAACACGCCUCUUGAGCCGCGCACGGCUGCUGGGAAGUUUUUGUCUAGUGUGUUUCAGAAUCAGAGAGAGUUGUUUCAUGUUGCGGUUGCUGAUGAGUUGAAGCUUUUGGCUGAUGAUAGAGAUGGUGCUGUUUCUCGCAUGUUUCUUAGCUCUGACUCCGAUGAAGCCUUCCUUCACAGGAGAAUUGCUGAACUGAAAGAACACGAGUGCCAAAUUGCUGUUGAAGAUAUUAUGUACAUGUUAAUACUUUUCAAAUUCUCUGAGAUCAGAGUCCCUUUGGUUCCAAAGCUCUCUAGUUGCAUUUAUAAUAGCAGACUAGAGAUAUGGCCUUCAAAGGACUGGGAACUAGAGUCCAUUCAUAGCUUCGACAUUUUAGAGAUGAUAAGGGAACAUGUCUUUACAGUAAUUGGCUUGAGAGCGAAUUCUAGUGUCACAGACUGUUGGGCAACAACUGAGAUCCAACUACUCCAGCUUGGUCAGAUGUAUGCAGCCUCCAUCUUAUAUGGUUACUUCUUGAAGUCUGCCUCCUUGAAGCAUUAUUUAGAAAGGUGUCUAGCUGUGCCCCACCAAGAUAUUCACCUUAAUUGUAGGAAUGUGCUUCAACUUCAAGACUCAUUACCUCAUGAUCUAUCAAAUCUAGUUUUUGGUCACAUAAGCAACGUGCAAUCUGUUUCAUCCGGUCAAGGGUCAAGCAAGCAGGACUGUAAACAUGAAAAUUUGAAGUGCUAUGUGAUGGGUUUUGACGCUGAGACAUUGCAGAGAUGUGCGAAACUGAAAUCUAAAGAGGCUGUAAAUUUGAUUGAGAAGCAUAGCUGUGCACUUUUUGGGAAUGACAAGAAUGGUUUGCUGGAGAAUGAUGAGGUUAUUUUGACUUCUUUUUCAAGCCUGAGGAGAUUAAUUUUGGAGGCAGUUGCUUUUGGUUCUUUCCUUUGGGACACAGAAGAAUAUGUCAGCUCUGUAUUUAAGCUAAAUGAGAACUAUUAAGACAGAGAGAAGUUGUCAAGUAAGAAAGGAUUGGCAAAUCUGAGUCACGCUCUUUUUGUAAAUUAGAGUUUGAUUUCUCCUUUUAUCUGAGAGAACUCAUCAGUUUGUUGUAUAGUGUAUAUUUAUACCUUAAAUAAUGUGCAGCCUACAAACUGUUGUGUAUUAGCAUGGAGUUUUGAUGUUAAUUGCAAGUGGUGAAUUAUAGUAAAAAGGACAUGAUUCAUAA